GCCAACGGAUGUCAAAUAGUCAGAAUAUAUAUAAGCACAAGAAUUGUGAAAAUUCGUCAAUUGGAAUUCCAUUUUGAAUUCAACUACAAGUCCGAGCAUGUAUCAGCAGUGGGUGAUUGUUUUUUGCCUGGUAAUUCUGGGCCCUUUUGCCUGCUACGGAAAGGUAAAAGCAUCGAUUAUUGAUUAACCAGAAACCAUCUCCUCAGAGAGCCGUUUAAAGUACCAACAGAAAGUUUCUAGAUUAAAGGUUGAAGAAACGAAAGAAAAUUCAUCGUUUAAACGUAUUUUCAGGUGCUCGCCGUUGACGAUCCGAUAUUGAAGGCCUUCAACGUGGAGCCCGAAGCUGUGCUGGGACAUGAGCUAGUAAAAAUCGAUUUGAUCGGACACAAGCAUAAGAGAUCCGCGGCCGGUAGCCAAGAACUAAGCGGCACUCGAAUGAAGUUCCGAGCCUUCGACGAAAACUUCGAUCUCUGGCUUCAUCCUAGAGAUUCACUGCUUGCCUCGGUCGAGACACCCGUUUACUUUGCUUACGAUAACAUCAUCGCACCUGGCAGAGUCUCUUACGCUCUUCUACCAGAGGCGAUGAAGAGUAUCGGCCAGCUCUACGAGGACCGGAAUCACAGCGCUUCCAUCGUUGUGAGCUCCAACGAGCACCAUGACGGUGGGCCCAAAAUUACUGGCAACAUUGUGAUGGGUCCAAACACUUCAGCUCUCGUAAUCCGACCUCUGUCGCUGAGUGAAGCUGUUACGGAUCACGUAAGCAAGUAUUUUCCAAAAUAUGGCGCCAACUUUAAAGCUUACCCGAACAUGCAAUACGAUCACGUGAUCUACAGGAUCACCCGCGUUUCCUGGAAUUUCGGCGUCGGCGGGCCCUUCAUCGAUGAUCCGAUCAACAUCGAAAUGGUAGCGCCGGUUCCAACUCUUUAUCCGAAACUGUUCCUCCAAUUCGAUCAUACUUAUUGGAAUGCUAACUUUUUAGACAAUCAAAGCGACGAGUCCAAGAUGAUAAGUGUGCUGGAAUACGCGUUGGUAUUUUGGAACGGCGUGGAUCUUUACUAUCGUCGUUUUGAGAAUCCGAGCAUCAGGAUACACAUUGCCGCAAUCGCCAUAGCCACUACACCAGCCGCCACACCGUACAUCUUGAAAUCUUGGGUUCCAAGUCUCAGAGCCUAUCAUAGUGACGUUGCACUCGACGAGUCGUCAUUAUUUUAUUAUGAUGUAAAGGAUCAGAUUCCAUUGAGCAUGUACAACAUUGCCGUCACAAUGACCAAGUUCCCGUUGGUGGGGAAAGUGGAUGGGAUAGCGAUGAAUGAGGCGAUAUGCAGCAACCCUGAGGAUGACGGUAAACAAAGGGCGGUCGCUCUGAUUAGCGAUAAUGGUGCAUUUGGCAGUCUUAAAGUCGCAGCUCACGAAGUAGGCCACGUAAUGGGCUUAUCUCACGAUGGUGACAAGAAUUUUGCAUGCAAUAGCGGACAAGGCUUCGUUAUGUCACAGGAAACCACUGUCGAGAAAAACUCGUCGUUUUUCUCAGCGUGCUCAUUCAUAGAAUUCAACAAAAUAUUGCUAGCACGGAAGCUGGAAUGCUUGUACAACCAACCAAAAACAAUGGCUGAAAAUUUCCGAGUGCCUUUGCCCGGCCAAGAGCUAAGUCUGGAUGAACAAUGCCAAAGGCUGGGUUAUAAAGAAGCCUGUAAAAACUCGAGGUACGACCCUUGCGUCCGAUUGGAUUGCACGACCCUUAGAAUCGGAUCCUAUGAACAUUGCCGCUUAGCUUAUCAUUCCGCAGCACCAGGCUCCCUUUGUGGAAAGAAAAACGACACGGAACCUCGGUUUUGCUUCGAGGGCAGCUGCGUCAGCUCCGAUGAGUGGUACGAAAAAAAUGGAAAGAAUGACUAAGAAUUUUCGCUCUGCCAAUGAUUCUACGUGGACUCGGAUUCACCGGACUUAAUCAUAUUUCACAGACUCAGAGACAAAGUGCAAUAUUUUGCACUUUAUAUAGCUAAAAGCGUUUGUCUUGACUCAAAAAGAGAAAUGAUUUUUAUUUAAAUCGCUUGUGAAUGCAAGAACUAUACAGAAAAAUAUUUUCUCAAUGUAUUUUCUUCAAUUUUUUUGAAUUUACGAGUAACAGAUAACUUAUGAGAUAGAUAAUCAAAAUGUCGAGCUUAUAGAUUCUAUGAACAUCGGAACACUGAGAAGAAAUGAAGAGUUUGCUUCAUUAAACUGCAAUGUUUUUGGAGAGAGUGAAUCUGCAGUUUGAUAGAAAACUAUUUUAUUCGUUCAUCCAUGCUUAACCUUCUAGUCGAGUGUGUAACGAGUUGUUUUGAAUAAAAAGAAAACAUUUUAUUUUA